AUGGCUGAGAAGCAGAUUGCCGCCGCAUUGAAAGUCCUCAUCAACGCGAUGGGUUUCACCGGCGGCCGCCAACGGCAGUCAAGGCGCAAGCGAACGCAGCGGAACGGGGCGAUGCUCCAGUGCUACAACUGUCAGCAGCUGGGGCACACCGCGCGCGGGUGUAAGAACGCCGUCGCGUGCUUGAAGUGCGCGGCGGCUCACGAUACCCGCAGUUGCACGAAACCUCGUGGGGUGGCCUGCAGCUGCGCGAACUGCGGCGGGCCACACGCCGCCAACUCGCGUAGCUGCGGCUACCUCCGUGAGUCACGCCGUCUACUCGCCGCACCACGCCCUGCGGUGACGUCAAGCAUCUCGACGGCCGCCCCGCCGCCCCGCUCCGGCGAGGGGUGCGAGCUGCGCAGACGUGAGGCCGCCACCGAUGAAGCUCUGGCCGGCUUCCAAGCCGCCUUUGCGGCCGAAAGGGCCGCAAUGAAGGAGGAGCUCGCAGCGGUCCAUCGCCAGCUCCAACAGCUGCGUGAUGAGCUGCGGAUUAUCAAGAAGAGCCCGCCAGCUCCCGCCGCCGCCCCAACCGUGAGUCGACCGGUAGGGGUCGAUGCGGCCACGCAAACAACCGCCGCUCCGCGCCCUGCAGCAAUGCAGGACGUGGCCCCUAUGGAAACCGACGAUGUGACGCCACAGUCGUCACACUCCGCCAAGGCAGCUGCAAGCAAGGGUGCUGUGGCAGCGACCGACUCCUCCCAUGCCGAGAAGUCUACCGCCAAGAAGCCACAGCUACGGAAAAUGAAAGUACCAGAUGCGCACGAGCUGCAGCCGUUCCUUAAGAACAUUGCGGCGUCGAUACAGGACGGGUCAUACCCAUUCGAGCAACCGUACCCCCUCUCCCCAGCAGGUGCUAGCCGCCCCCCCCCCUCCCCCAUCGCCCCCACCGAUUUAGCAAGUAUGAGCUCAAGUGGCUAA